AAAACUCAAACAGUUACGCCAAAUGCAGUAGCUGCUCCUACAUCUGUCGCUGCAUCCUCUGCUGCUUAUUAUCAAAUCUAUAAUAAUAUGCAAGCUCAAGCCAGACCAACACUUUCCAAUAAUCCUGGAAACAGUUCAACAGCUUAUGGUUUAUUUUUGGGCAAUAAAGUAACUUAUGUAGCCGCGACACCUACGAAUCCAUCUUUGAUUUACAAUCAACACAGUACAACAACAACUAAUUUUAUAUCGAAUAGUCUAGCCAAUGCUGCUCUAGCCACAUCACCAACAAUACUAUAUACAAAUCCAAUGCUAACAACAACGACUCAACAGUAUCUGAAUACAUUCUUCAAAGAGACACAAUAUCUUAGUACCGCCUUAACAGCAAAUUCUACACAAACAGCUACGGCAGCUUCAAAUGCCAGUGGUGUUGGAUUAUACGAACGUUUGCUGUAUGCUCAAAUGCUGCAGCAGCAACUUUAUCAAACGCAACAAGCAGCAGCUGUAGCAGCAAUGUUCCAGCAUAAACAGAGAGCUGCGGCAGCAGCUGCAACAUUAGCAGCAGUUGCUCGUCAAAGUGGCAGUGGAAAUGUUGCUACAAGCAGCAAUAGAUCUUCACCCCAACAUUUAGCAAGCGUCUCGGCCACAACGACUAGUAACAAUGGAUCGAGUAUGAAUACUUGUACACGCCAAGCUAGAAGUAGUUCACCAGAAGAACUGUUGCGUCUGAAGCAACAAAUAUCAACACCUAUUUCAGCAACUAGUAAUGCUGAGAGUACCAAAUCUAGCAGUGAUGGUGUUGUUUAAAUUGUUCUAUCAUUGUUCUUCAUUCUAAUAAGGCCAAGUUUUGUUUACUUAGCUUUUUAAUUUAAUUUUGUUGUAAAUAUUUGUUAUUAAUAAAUCUAUAUAAAAAUUUUCCAAAUGAAUAUCCUGCUGAGGAAAGUGAA